UUAUGUAAUGCUGUUUGGUUUGAAGACGUGGGGGUCUGUAAUGGAGGUAAAGUGGGGGUUCUGGAAUAUCAACAACUGACGGGAAUUUAACGAGAAACACAUCGUGCUAGGUCCAGCACCUAAACAGUCAUAAAGUGAAAACGUAGUGGGACGUGUUGUAUUUUAAGCACCGCGGGCGUUAGUUAUAUGAUUUCGAAAUCGCACAACGCGCUCCUGUCUCCCAGUCAGAUGGUACAUUCCGCCUGCUGCGUCACCCAUUGUUUACAAACCAACGACCGGAGCUGCUUUCUGUCGGGCAGCGUGGUGAACGUGGACGCCGGCAAUUUGCGCUGCCAUUCAUUUGGUUCGAAAAACCAGCGUCCAGACUAGAGAUAAACACGCCAAAAUGCCUUGCCGAAAGGAGAACUACAUCUUUCUGGAGCAGUCCGUCACGGUGGAUUCUAAAGAGGUGGACGCUCUUGUGACAAAAAUCGGCGAAGCUUUACAGCUUCACAACAAUAGCGCCAGCCAGACGAUGUCGUGUCUGCACGGUCUCGCCAACAGCAGCAGCAGCAACAGCGGCGGCGGCCACAGCAGCUCCAAGCAGAGCAGUGGCAGUACGGGCAACCCGAGGCGAAACGGCUGCUGUAUCCGCCUCCGGAGCAGAAAUUUACGGAGCCGAGCAAGCCCGUACAACAUACCGGGAUCCAGCGAUCAGGAGUGGGACCAUUUUAAAACGUGGAACCGAAAAGGAAUCGAUGUUACGAGUGGCGAGGACGACCCCCAUCAACUGCUCCAAGAACUGAUAUUGUCUGGAAAUCUGAUUAAAGAAGCAGUCCGACGACUUCAGUUCUCCUCGGAGUCGGAACACGAUUUCGCCAAACAAAUAGACUGAGAUUGCCUUUGAAAACGCAGCACGGGCUUUUCACUCUCUUCACUGGCGUGUUGGUUUGAGCUGGCUAGGUGAUUAUUAUACAUGUGGGGGUGUAAACGUCGUUAGCUGGCUAGAUGGCUAGCUAGCUUAGCGAGUUAACCAGCUAACACGACUUAUAGUCAUACGUUGAUGUUUUCUGGAGGUUUGUAAAAAUGAACUUUACUAAAAACAUAAUGUUUUGUAUGGUGUCGGGUAGAAAAUGGACCUGAAUCUCGGCCUUUGGUUACUCGUGUUUUUGUUUGAAAUUCUGGGUCACUGCAAACAGUCAUACUAACGUUAGCUGUGACCAACGUCUCCUCUCUGAAUGAAAUGUGAAAGACAGACUGUUUGUCUUCAACUCCACACACACACUGUGUGUUCAUUUGUGUUUUUGUAACCGUGUUACUGUCUAGCAAGCUGAUGACCUAAGUUACCAAACGUAUGGUGUACCUCGUUCGAGUAGCAAAUCAGAGGUUUGGCGCUGUGUGCCCUCGUUAGCCGAGUGUACAACAUGAAAGCUCGAUGCCUCAUUAUGGCGAUGGGCCAUCAGCUGGGACUCGCCAACAUUUUGUUUAUGCUCAGUCUGAACAGUGAGAUGCCCCCUUUCACUGUUUGUUGACUUUUUUGGACUCCAGAGGGCCUUUUUUACACAUCACGUGGACUUUUUUUUCUCCAGCGAGUUUCAUUGUAGGAAAUAUAUGGACUACAUGGGCAUUUUUGAGUAUAAGCCCGGUACUUGGGCAUUUUUGAGCUUAAGCCCAGCGUUUGCUAUCUGAAUGGGAGAGACGUGGAGACUAUCAAUCAAUCACAACAGAGACACUGGUGCUUUUAGGAUUCCUGCGUGGAGUUCGCUUGUUUCUCUGCUUUCACUCUGUACACUGUUUGUAUGCUUCGUAACGAAGUAUUUUUUAAACAGUCCUGAUUUUUUUCAGGCAGUUUGGUGUCUACAAUAAACACGGUGUCUUUUUCCAUUUGC